AUGUCAGACACUGAAGAACAGGAAUAUGAGGAGGAGCAAGCAGAAGAUGAGGAAGCGGUGGAGGAAGAGGACGCCCCCGAGGAGCCGGAGCCGGUGGCAGAGCGAGAAGAAGAGCGCCCCAAACCCAGCCGCCCUGUGGUGCCUCCUUUGAUUCCCCCGAAGAUUCCAGAAGGGGAGCGUGUGGACUUUGAUGACAUCCACCGGAAGCGCAUGGAGAAAGACUUACUGGAGCUGCAGACGCUCAUCGACGUGCACUUUGAGCAGCGGAAAAAGGAGGAGGAGGAGCUCAUUGCGCUAAAAGACCGCAUUGAGAGGCGUCGCGCAGAGAGAGCUGAACAACAGCGCUUCAGAACAGAGAAAGAGCGAGAACGCCAGGCCAAGCUGGCGGAGGAGAAGAUGCGGAAGGAGGAGGAGGAGGCGAAGAAAAGGGCAGAGGAUGACGCCAAAAAGAAGAAGGUUCUGUCCAACAUGGGAGCUCAUUUUGGGGGCUACCUGGUCAAGGCAGAACAGAAGCGUGGGAAGCGACAGACUGGUCGGGAGAUGAAACUCAGGAUUUUGUCUGAGAGGAAAAAGCCCUUGAACAUCGACUACAUGGGGGAGGAGCAGCUCCGGGAGAAGGCCCAGGAACUGUCAGAAUGGAUCCACCAGCUGGAAUCAGAGAAAUUUGACCUCAUGGAGAAACUGAAGGAACAGAAAUAUGAGAUAAAUGUGCUCUACAACCGCAUCAGCCACGCCCAGAAAUUCCGGAAGGGGGCUGGGAAGGGUCGAGUCGGAGGCCGCUGGAAGUGAGGCUGCCAGGACGCGUCCGCCUUAAGGAGCCCAGGAGUGCGUCCCGUCUGUAACUCAAAAUAAAGUGUCCCCAGGCAUCUGCUUAAGUUCUUCAGGGUUGUUAUUAUGUGGCUGGCUGU